GGAGAACGAAGAUUCAUCAGAGGAUAAAAACUUAGAGAACACCAAUGAUAAGGAAGAAGGUUCUGAAGAUGCUAACAAAGAUGCUGUAGAUGUUAACCCAGAUGAUACAACUGAGAAGGAACCUGCAGUAGAAGAGGAGAAGGCUGGGGACCAAACUGAUGAUACUGCUGCAGUAGAUGCUGAAGAAGCCAAGACAGAAAGCAAUGAAGGAAAUGAUGAUAAACCAAAUGAUGAUAGCGCAAACAAUGAGACAGAACAAGAAGCAGAACCAAAACAAGAAGAAGUUAUAGAAGAUGAAGGGGCUAAAAAUGAAGAACCAAAAACCGAGGAGUCCAAACCUGAAGAGGCUAAAUCUGAGGAAGCUACUGAAGACCCAAAACCAGAUGAUGAUGUUCGCCCACCAGUUACACCAAGUGAAAAUCCCUCUCGGA